AUGUCAGUACCUCUCCAAUCCUCACGCACGACGUCCCAUGUGCCAGCUCUCCUUUUCCCCUCAGCCCCAUUUUCCAUUUUCAUCGUCUCACUCCCCCACACUCACUGCCCCCCACUGGCUUCCCACUUCAACUUUCUCUUCCAAGAAUUCAACCUCCUCCCCUCUCUCUCCCCAUUCCUUUUGCACCUCACUUCCAUUUUCCCGCACUCCUCAUUUGCUUCUCACUCCUCCCCCUUCACCCCACCCACUCCCCGCUCCUACUCUCAUUCCCAUCCUCCUUCCCGCUGCCCUCUUCACCCCCGCAGCAACCUCUGCUGCAACCAGAUCAGCGGCACCCUGCCCACUCUUCUCGGAGGACUCAACCUGCGCAACAACCAGCUGAUAGGCCCCGUACUGCAGCCCAUCCCAGCAAACCUCACCGUCUACGAUCUCGACAACAACUACCUCUCCUCAGGCUUCUCCUCCCCGCCCAACUGCUCUGAACGCUCCAUCUCCUUCCGCUUCAACUGUCUCAGAACACCCACCCAAGGGUACUCCUGCCCCACGCCUGCCACUCCCUCUGCUGCGGAGGCAGCGGUACAGCGACCAGAAGAGCUCUGUGAUGUGUUUUGCGGCGUGAGUGCUGCCGAUCCCCCGUGCGGCGGGCAUGGCUCGUGCUAUGCGGACGGACCUAACAGAGUGCCCACGUGUGCCUGCAACGCCGGGUUUGUCAACGGGGAGCUGCCUGGAAGCUGCGUCCCUGAAGGAAGCCAAGAGGGUGGCGCAGUAGCCGUGCAGCCAACAGCAGCACAGGCAGUAGUGAAGGGGGGGGCAGCAGUGGCAAGCAACGGGAACAUCACGCUCACAGCCUCACAGCCCAACACGUGGGGUGCAGCGUUUUUCAAGCUCCCCGUCCCACUCUUCUCCUUCGCCCUUAAGGCUGGUGAUUGUGGCCGCUACUUGGCCUUCACCAUCUAUUUCUCCUUCUCCAUUCUCAAACCAGCCACCGCAAGGAAGGCAGCGCCCACAGCUGCGGGAGAUGCAGGAGAUGGGUUUGCCUUUGUGAUUUCCGCCAGUACCUCUGUUACGGGCGGCAGCAGUGGCAGCAGCAACGGCAGUGGGGGCGGCGGCAGCUUGGGGAAUGCAGGCAUGGAUGAGCGCAGCAUUGCAGUGGAGUUUGAUACUGCUAAGAGCACCGACGCCAACGACCCAGACAACAACCACGUGGGAUUCAGUGUGAGGGGCAACACCUCUUCCAUCGCAACUGCCAAAGCGCCCUCCACUCUCAACGACGGCAAGCCAAAGCAUGCCUGGAUUGUCUUCGACCCCUCUCCUUCCUCCUCUAGUACUACUGGCGGUGCCGGUGAUGGCUAUGACAGCAGCAGCAGCAGUGGCACAGGGUCGCUGCAAAUAUUUCUGUCGAGCAAAGCAUCCCCCCGGCCUAGAAAGGCAGUGGUGGCGAUGCAGGUGUCGCUGUGCGAGUUCCUGCAGCCCUGUGCAGCCGAGGCGUCGUUCCGCAUGGGCUUCUCUGCUUCCUCCUCUGACUCCCCACAGCAGCACUCCAUCCUCACCUGGAACAUCACCACAGGUCCCCACUGCUGCUCCCUGUUUCUCGCUGCUGCUCCCUGUUUCUCUCUGCUGCUCCCUGCUGCUCCCUGCUGUUCAAAGCUGCCCCCUGUUGGCCCCUGCUGCAGUGUGCUCCCCCUGGUGUCUAUCGUUCCUCUGCUGGUCCCUCUAAAGCCUCCCGGAAUCAACCUCACUUACAGGUUCAGUGAGGCAUCGCUGUCACCAGUGGGGGCGAAUCCUUUUUUCCGCUACGCCAGUGUGGGCGUGCAGGCAAUGCAGCCAGGAGGAGGGGGAGGAAGCGGGGGAGGCGGAGGGGGUAAGGAGGAGGAGGUGUGGGUUGUGAGCCAGGCGUUCUCUUGGGCUGACCAGGGGCUGCCGUGGCCCGUCCAGAACCAGGGCGCCUGCGGCGACUGCUGGGCAUAUGCGGUGGUGGGCAGCAUAGAAGUGGCCUACAGCAUUCUCUUCAACCUCUCCGCCGUGCCGCUCCUCUCCGUCUCCCAGCUGCGUGAAGCCCUUGGCGCCUCAUGCUCUCAGGGAAAUUCGCCUUCACAGGCCUUCCAGUACCUCGUCACUCUCAACGCCAAGAGCAAAGUGGGGCUCAUGGAGGAUGGGGCUGGAGUGGUGGUGAGAGGGAGGAAAGGCAGGAAGAGCAGCAGCCAGAGCCCGCUCUGUGGCAUGCCUGUCUUUGCUCUGCUCUUGCAAGCGCUUGGGGUCUCCUGCGGCAAAGGCCGGGCCCCUGGAUUGAGCAAGCCAUCGGGGGGGCCGUUUAGGGUGAACGGGUUUGAGCGCACGGCGUUCCACGGCUGGUUUGGGCUGCUGCUGGCCGUGCAGCGACAGCCCGUGGUGGUGCAUGUGCAGGCCACCGCCCCUUCUUUUCUCAACCACGAUGGGCUAUCCAAGUACGCGGACCCCUCGUGCUUCACGUACAACCUGAACCACGUGGUGCUGCUGGUGGGCUAUCGCCUCACAGGCUCAGACCCCACCUUCCCGCACAUGGCGCCGCCCUUCUGGAUCAUCCGCAACUCAUGGGGCCCGGAGUGGGGCGACGGCGGGCACAUGCGGAUGGACAUCCAGGGGGGCGACGGCGUGUGUGGGAUCAACACGCUGCCUGGGAUCUACCCGGUGGUGCGCGCUGCCAAGGACCCCUGCAACGUCAACGGCACCACCAGUGGGCUGUUUGGGCCGCUCUUCAACCCCUGUGGCAACUUCACGUGCACGCCCACGCCUGAUGGGGCCAGCAACCACUGCGACUGCAACGACCUGCGAUUCGUCGAGGCGCUUCAACCGGACAACUCGCGCACCUGUGCUUACAGUGAGCUCUCUCUCUCCUGUUCUUACAGUGAGCGCCCUCCCCCUGCUUACAUUGGCUCUCUCUCCAUUGCUUAUAGUGAGCGCUCUUUCUUGUCUCCAUCUUGUCAUUUUGAAAGCGUCUCAAAUGUCAAUACACAAGUCAUGAUAACCGCCACGAUGCUCACAUGGCUGCAAAGGUGUUAUCAGCACCACGGCACACUUUGA